AUGUCUUUUUGCAAGACAACAAACGAAGGAGGAGAGGAAGAGGAAGAGGAAGAGGAAGAGGAAGACGCAGAUGCAGACGAUCUGACGAGGGCGGCGGCGAAGAUGAGCCGGAAUAGGCGCCCACUUGUCAACGGAGAACUAAUUCGAGGCUAUACGAAUGGGGAUGACGCAGUAUAUGUCAGUGACCAAUUCAUUGGCGCAAAUGAUGGAGUUGGUGCGUGGUCUACACGCCCGGGAGGACAUGCCGGACUUUGGUCUCGGUUGGUAUUACACUUCUGGGCCGUGGAGAUAGAGCAGGAUGCGAAUCGAGUACGGCCUCCGGGGCAAAAGUACGAGCCCAAUCCUGUCGAUUGUCUCCAGAAAGCGUACCAAGCUACGAUAGAAGCAACCUCGAAACCAAACAAGUGGCAAGGAACAACCACAGCAGCGGGUGCUCAAUUGCAUUUCCAGCACGUUGAUGAUGAUCCGAAUGCACCGGCCACUCCAUUGUUAUAUGUCACCAAUCUUGGUGAUUCGCAAGUCCUUGUCCUCAGACCCAGACACUCCAAACUCGUAUACAAAACUUUACCGCAAUGGCAUUGGUUCGAUUGCCCACUUCAAUUGGGCACCAAUAGUCCCGAUACUCCCCGAGAGAACGCAGUUUUAGACAAAAUUGAAAUAGAGGAGAAUGAUGUGGUUCUAGCCAUGUCGGAUGGGGUUAUAGACAACCUAUGGGAUCAUGAGAUCAUACAGAGUGUUGUUAGCAGCAUACGAAAAUGGGAAGAGGGACAAGGUGGUGAGAGCAGCGGAGAUCGAUGCGGUGGUGCUGGUGGAGGUAUGAAAUUCGUUGCGGAAGAGUUGAUGAAAGCAGCCAAGAUCAUAGCUACAGAUCCAUUCGCAGAAAGCCCAUUUAUGGAACAUGCAGUGGAGGAGGGUCUGGCCAUGGAAGGAGGCAAACUCGAUGAUAUUAGCGUCGUAGCAGCCCUUUGCAAACGCAACAAAGGUUGA